AUGGAACUGCAGCUUUCAAGCGGCUAUCGCAGCGAUGAGGUGGUUAGCACGGAGUGCACGGUCGGCACGGUAUGUGUCUACUACCUGGAUAUGCCGAAGCGUUUCAAGCUCUGCUCGCCCGUAUUGGCAGAUCUUCAGUCGCAGGUAGCUGCUGGCUUCCCGAAGCUUACGGAGGGAUGCUUCAGCAGCACCUUGAGCAUCCGGCUUUUGUGGCGUCACAAGACUGGUGAGUCUCACAUUUGUGAUGAUGCCGCUUUAUCCAAAGCCUGGCGUGCUGCUGGUUGUGACCGUGGUGGCGAGCUAUCGCUUCAAGUUUGCCAGAACUCCGACCAGAUUUCGACUGCAGACGUCGCGGAUCGCACUUGUCAGCGAUGUGGCCAAGAGUUUGCCUCCAGAAACCAACUCAUGCGACACGUCUUCAGUGCUGGCCAUUAUGCAGACGAAGAUCCAGCAGCCCAAGCUGAGCCGGACGAUGCGCCGUUAGAUGUACAUCCGGAUUCCAUAACACGGAAUGGCUCCGAAGCCUGGGACAUGUACUACAAGGACUUGCCCGACUUCGCGCAGGUUAAGAAGCUCAUGCAGACCACUCUGCCCUACUGCGUGCGGCUCGCGAACCCCAAAUCGCCGCUUGCGCGGCUCUGCCUCCACCGCUUGCAAAGCGAGGCUCGCCUCGUUAGGGCUUUGGGGCUGACGGAGGCAGAAGGACUCGACGGCUUCGCGCUUGAAGGCCCUGGAAAGACCUGCUGGAACUUUCUGGAAGCAUGCCAGGAUGCGGGUACACUUGCUAGACAAGAAGCUGCCAGCAUGCUUCCUGUUUUGCUCCUGCAAGUCGAGCAACACCACGUUGUGGCCGAUCUUUGUGCCGCACCUGGCUCUAAAACACUGCAACUUCUCGACUUGAUGCACAUGGGCCGCUCCCCAGGUGGCGUGCCUUGUGGUCUUCUCGUUGCUAACGACGAUAACUGGGCGCGCUGUACCACGGCUGUCCGUCGCGUACAGCAGCACCCCAACUCGGCACCAUUGUUGUGGCUGUGUGGAGAUGCACGCGACUUCCCAACGCUGCAUGAUCAUUCAGACGGGCGGGUACGGGGAGCGCGAAAGAUCCGCUUCGACCGAGUCUUGUGUGACGUUCCUUGUUCAGGUGACGGCCGCUUGCGCCGCGCCCCUGGCAGCUGGCCACGCUGGCAUGCUCGCUACAUGCUUCAAAUGCACUAUGUGCAGAGCGCCAUCCUGAAGCGUGGACUCACAGUUUUGAAGCCGCAGGGGCGACUGCUCUACUCGACGUGCAGCAUGUCCCCGGUGGAGAACGAGGCAGUUGUGGCAGCUGCUCUGGAGAAGCUGGGCGCCGGGCAAGUUCGUCUGCUUCCACUGGAGACCUGGAGCCAUGCGGCGGGCAUGACAGAGUGGAGAGUCCCUGCGCCUGACUUCAACGAGUCCUACCGCAGCUACAGCCGCCCAGAGGAGGUGGAGCCGGAGCUCUGGUGCCGAAAUGGCGGAGGCCUGGCUUCCACAAUGUUUCCGCCGGCUGAUCCGGAGGUGCGACGUGCCUUGAGCUUGUGUGUCCGGAUCCAUCCAACCCAUGGAGAUUUCGGAGGAUUCUUUUGUGCAUUGUUCGAGAAGGUGGCGGCCGGUCCAGCCACACGGCACACCUCUUGCGCGCAGCCUAGGGCCGACGGGGAACAACCGGCGGAGCCACGCAGCACCAAGCAUGGCAAGCGCUCGGAGUCAGAUGCAACACCAAAUCCGAUUCCACCACUUCUGGCCAUGGCAACAUCGAGCAGACUCUCAUGGUUCAUGGACUGGUUUGGGCUGGUGUCGGACGCUUUUCAGGCCUGGAGGCCGGAUGCAGAUGUGAGUAGUCUUGCCGGGUACACGAGCCUGAGGCAGAAGCUCGAGGAGUGUCUCGCUUUCCUGCAGAGCUUGUUCGCACAGACCCGAGCUUGCAAGCAUCCUGGCUGA